AUGCCGAGCCGGGCGGAAGAGGUCGUGAGAGCCGAGUCCGAAUCGGGCGAACUCUUUGACGAUGUCGCGUCUGUGAACGCACAAACAGCGCUCACGCGCUUCUAUCAUGAUAGUAUCAAUGCGUCAAGCUGGACGAUCUUUGACGAAAAUUCGAAUGUCCGCAUCGCUUACAUCGGGGCACCUGUGUCAAACCUCGCUGCACUUGUUGGGGAGGAGAGAACCACGGCGGGGUAUUUGUCGAAAGCCCUACACUACCCAUUUCCCUCCACCAAAGCACCGCUGCCAUGGAAACCACCAAAGACCAUGCCAUUACUGAAAUGGUACUCAUCUGGACUGGCAGACGACAUUUCCGCCCUGCCUUCGAAAGAGUUGCGCGACGAUAUGAUUGAUGCCUUCUUUCGCGACGUCCAUCCAGGCUUUCCUGUCCUGGAAGCAGCGCAGUUCAUGGCUCAGUACCGAGAUGCAACCAAUCCGCCUCCUUUACUACUCUAUCAAGCCGUGCUGCUCGUAGGCGCACAUGUCUCCAAGCAUCCUGUGGUUUCAAAGUCAAGAUCGCUCAUCAAAAUGGCGCUGUUCCGCCGAGCCAAGGCUCUGUUUGAUCUGCACUACGAAAACAACCGGAUGCAUCUGGUCCAAGCAGCGCUACUUUUCACUUGGCACUUCGAGAGCUCGGACGAUGUCAGCUCCAACGCCUACUACUGGGUUGGAAUCGCUUGCCGUAUCGCCUUUGGCUUGGGCAUGCAUCGAGAUCUUUCGUCUUCAGCAGUCAGUAACAUGCCGUUGAACGACCCCCUACAUCAUGGCCGGCCUUUGAGUAUCCAUCUGGACGACUGUGAUCAACCACCACUGACUAUGGAUGAUUUCUGCGAGAAAGAUCAGCCACCUGCGGAUGAAGCUGGCGUGCACUAUUGCAUACAAAGUGUCGCCCUUUGCAUAAUUAUUGCUUCACUGAUGAGUUCCACAUCUCCUGCAGCUUUUCGCCGAUACAAAGCAGAACCUCCAUCGUUUGCCUCAACACUGGCUUCCCUUGGCUCCAAGCUUGCAGCGUGGUAUCUGGAUGUCUCUCCAGCUAUUUCGACAACAAGUCCGCAACCCCAGUUCUGGUCACUUCAACUACAACUUCACUACAAUAUGGCUCUACUAUACCUGCAUCGACUCCCGGGCUCGGCUGGAGUCCAAAUUGACGCUGCCCAGGAGCGUGCUUCCUCCGAAGCGAGCCAAAAUGCCGCCAGUGCCAUUGUGACAACCUUCAAGGACAUAAUGGAAAAUGGGGCCGCUAAGCAGUGCUGGUUCACGGCAUCGCCGACACUGCUAGCAGCUGCGAUCCAGACGAGUCGGGAAGCAAGAGUUGCAGUCAAGUCCAAUAUGUUGGUACUCGCCACGCAGGCUCAAGCCCAACUCGAGCGUCUAUUGCCAUUGAUUCGAUCAGUCUCAGAAUACUGGGGAGGCGCGGAUGCCGUGCUACAUUUGUACAAAGGGUUGUCCGAUGAGCUUAAACAACAGCUUCGGUCUGCGCUACUUCCACAGGCGCAGCUCCAGCCAAUCGAAAGCGCACCCGAGAAUCUUUCCUUUUGCAGGAGCUUUGAUGCCUGUGAUGCGGUCUCUGCUGGGCCUGAGUAUACCCCGACGUAUUCGAGUCACCUUGGAGACCAGUGGAGAUCUCUAUUCGGCGCGGGCGAACCUGGCGAGUUCAUUGAUGCGAAUCUCGCCGACAUUGAAGGGUGGUUCACGCCUCCGUCAAGCCGCUCAUUUCCAAACGGGUCCAUGCUUGAGCCUCGUUCCUUGCGCACCCAUGAGUAG